UGUGACAAUGUAUUAACUGAUUGACGUAAUUGUUGGACGCAUUAGACAUGUCUUCUAUGUUAUGAACCAUAAGUGCAACUCAUUGUCAGUAAUCAGUGAUUGCAUUGAUUUGAUUAUCGGAUCCGUUUGAGUGACAAUUGAGUCGACUAUUGCAUGACUUGCACUUCACAACAGCACACUCUUCACCAAUUGAUACCACAUUUGUCAUCAAUUAUUGACAACCAAAAUGUUAAUAACGCUAAAGACUUUACAACAACAGACCUUUAAGAUAGAGAUCGACCCAAACUCGACGGUUAAAGAGUUAAAGCAAAAGAUUGAGACAGAGAGAGGAAGUGAUUACAACAGCGAGUGGCAAAAACUCAUUUAUGCCGGCAAAAUCUUGAGCGAUGAAACUCAACUGAAAGACUAUGAAAUGGACGAAAAGAAAUUUGUUGUUGUGAUGAUCACAAAACCUAAAGCAGCCAACACUCCGACCACUCCUACAAGCGAAUCAAGUGUUGCACCAAAACAGUCGACCACAACUACAACCCCUUCUUCUACUGAAAAUCCAACUCCAGGUGAGACAACAACAUCAACGACAAAGACAACAUCUGAAGGUUCAAUUGAAACGCCAUCCACAACGGCUGCUUCAUCGACACCUUCAGCAUCGACAGCAACCAUAGGACCUAUUGAUGCCGAGUCUAACAUUGUUUUAGGUGAAGAUUAUGAAAAAAUGGUGAAACAAAUUAUGGAAAUGGGUUACACUAAAGAAGAGGUGGAAAGAGCAUUGAGAGCCAGCUUUAAUAAUCCCGAUCGAGCCGUUGAAUACCUUGUAACCGGACUGCCACCUGAAGUUGUCGAGAGUCAGGUCAGCCAUGAGUCACCCAAUGAGGGUUCGGGUACAGGUAGCGGAGGAUCAGAUGAAAAUCCAUUGGGUUUUUUGCGGACUCAACCACAGUUCCAACAGAUGCGACAAGUGAUACAACAAAACCCUCAACUGCUCAAUGCUGUUAUGCAACAGAUCGGCCAAAACAAUCCACAACUCCUUCAACUCAUUACACAAAAUCAGGAGGCAUUUGUUCGUAUGCUUAAUGAACCGGCUGCUGGUGCGCCACCCUCUACUCCAGCACAGGGAGGUGCUGCUGCACCACCCAAUGCUCCAUCAAACUUAACUGAUCUAAUUGGUACAGCACAGGUGACGCAACAGGACAAGGAGGCCAUUGAACGGCUAAAAGCGUUGGGAUUUCCCGAAUAUCUUGUAGUUCAGGCGUACUUCGCGUGCGAUAAGAACGAGAAUAUGGCCGCAAAUUUCCUUCUCGCCCAAGGAUUCGAUGAUUAAUAUGUUUAUAAAAUGUUAAGACAUUAUUGUCUUAAUUAUCGUUUUCUUGUUUAAAAACAAAGCUUUUUUAAACAAAAUUUUUGUCACUAAAUAUAUAGAAAAAUGCCUUUAAUUUCUUAAAUCUAAUAUCAAUAAUAAGUUUCUUAAAUUCUAUUCUAUUCAUUGAUUAUUUAU